AUGACUGAUUUAAUAUUUCAUAUGGAAUCAUAUAUAAUUGAUAGUUUUAGUGUUACAUUUCAAUCUCUUUAUCUUCUAAUUGUUCAAAGAUCUAGUGAACAUAAAACAUCUUUAUAUGCUUUUUAUAUAAAUAGUUUAUUAUCAUUAUCAAUGAUAUUCUUUUUAAUGGUCUUGUUUCCUGAUGAAUUAUCAACUGUACAAUCAUUUGAAGGUUGUGGUUUACUUAAUGGUCCAACAUUUUGGUGUACGAUGAAAAAUGCUGCAUUAACUACAAGUGUGGUUGAUGUACUUAAAAAUUUACAUACAGUUAUUGGCAUUGCAUUAUCAUUAAUUGGUGGAACAAUAUUUAGUUAUUUAGAAUAUACAGAUAAACAAAAACAAAAUCAAUAA